AUGCUACGGCAGCAGAAGCAGAGGAACCAAGGGUUCUCCCGUCCUAUAGACUCGUUCCUUCAGGGAGGAACAGCGAACUACGUCGACGAAAUGUAUCUUUCCUGGAAGAAGGACCCUGAAAACGUCCAUAUAUCAUGGCACACAUAUUUCCGUAACAUGGAAGACCCAUCGGUACAUUCGACGCAAGCUUUUCAGCCACCGCCAGGCAUAAUCUCACCCAGGCACACACCGGCCAUCAAAUCGUCUCUCGGUGCGGAUUCGAGCCACAUUGUCGACUCUCUGAAGACACAGAAUAUCGUUCGAGCGUUCCAGCAAUAUGGCCAUUCAGCCGCAAAGAUCAGCCCCCUUGGCGACCUUGGCAACGCGACAGUCAAGCCACACGAUGAUAUUCCGAGCACAACAAACUUGAGCAAGUACGGCUUCGCCGCCGCAGACUUGGACCGCGAAAUCGUCCUAGGUCCAGAGCUUCUACCCCACCUCGCACAAGAAUACAAGACGAUGAAGCUCCGCGAUAUCAUCGCCACUUGCGAAAAGAUCUACUGCGGCUCUAUCGGAGUCGAAUACCACCACGUCUCCGACCCCGCCAAACGCCAAUGGCUCCGAGAGCGCAUCGAAGCGUAUCAUACCUCGCCCCCCUCCCCUGAAGAGAAGAAGCAGAUCCUCGACAACUUGAUCUGGGCAACGUCCCUCGAGCACUUCCUCGCGGCAAAGUUUCCCAACGAGAAGCGAUUCGGCCUAGAUGGCGCAGAGGGGCUGGCUCCCGGCUUAGCCGCGCUCAUUGACCGCUGCGCAGAAGGGCACGGUGUGCGGGAUAUCGUUAUCGGAAGCUGUCACCGCGGAAGGAUGAACCUUAUGAGCACGGUGUAUGGCAAAGACUUCGAGACGCUAUUCCGUCAGUUUGCGGGCACGGAGGCGUUUGAUACGACCAAGGGGCAGACUGGGGAUGUCAAGUACCACUUUGGCAUGGAGGGCGAGAGGGCGACUGCUGGCGGCAAGACGGUUGGCAUCUCUAUGUUGCCAAAUCCGUCCCACUUGGAGGCUGUUGAUCCGGUUGCCCAAGGAAAGGCCAAGGCUGUACAGCAUCUAAAGGACGACGUUGAUCAGUCCAAGGUGAUGUUCUUGGCUCUCCACGGUGACGCCGCAUUUUCGGGUCAGGGGCCUGUGUACGAGACGCUCAACCUCUCGGCCCUGAAGGGCUAUGAAGUCGGCGGCACAGUCCGGAUCAUUGUGAAUAAUCAAAUCGGGUUUACUACCGACUCCCCAGAUUCCAGGUCAACGCCACACUGCACAGACUUGGCCAAGUACAUCGAGGCCCCGAUUUUCCACGUCAAUGCUGAUGACCCGGAAGCCGUUGUGUUCAUCAGCAAGCUGGCUGCGGACUGGAGGGCCGAGUUCCGUUCGGAUAUCGUCGUUGACGUCGUCUGCUACCGGCGGUUCGGACACAACGAGAUUGACCAGGCCAGUUUCACGCAGCCUGAGAUGUACAAGAGAAUUGCCGAACAGAGAUCAUUGAUGGACCUCUACAUUGAGAAGUUGAUCAGUGAGGGCGGAUUGUCUGCCGAAAUGGCAGAGCAGCAGAAGACUUGGGUCUGGGAGCAGCUAGAGGAGAAGCUGGCGAGAAGCAAGCAGCCAGUUGAACGCUCUGUGGACGCUGCUUCUUCGGAUUUGACUUCAGCCGCUGAGACUAUUACUACAUCCGCGAAUGCGAUCGAUGAAGAUGCACUGUCGACGAUUACAAACGCAAUCACCAGCGUCCCAGAAGGCUUCGACCUCCACCGCAACCUCCAACGCAUCCUUGCCGCCAAGAAGCAAGCCUUUGACGAUGGCACAGUCGACUGGUCCACAGCCGAAGCCCUGGCCUUCGGAACCCUCCUCCAAGACGGCAAGUCCAUUCGCCUCAGCGGCCAGGACGUUGAGCGAGGUACCUUUUCCCAACGCCAUUCCGUUCUACACGAUCAAAUCACCCAUGCAGAGUACACGCCCCUGAACCACCUAGACACUCCAGGAGCAGGCACAUACAGCGCAAUCAACUCUCCGCUCAGCGAAUUUGGCGUCCUAGGGUUCGACUACGGGUACUCACUCGCUGCGCCAGACUCGUUAGUGGUGUGGGAGGCGCAGUUUGGCGACUUUGUCAACAACGCGCAGGUCAUUGUCGAUCAGUUCAUCUCUUCGGGAGAGGCGAAAUGGAUGCUCGAGUCUGGCCUCGUCAUGUCCUUGCCGCAUGGGUAUGACGGCCAGGGGCCGGAGCAUUCUUCUGCUAGGCUGGGCAGGUUUCUGGAGUUGGGAAGCGAGGAUGGGCGGGCUUGGCCCGAGGAUUUGAAGAGGGCGAGGAGGGAGGGGAAUGUGAGGAUUGUGUGUAUGACGACGCCGGCGAAUUUGUUCCAUGCGUUGAGGAGGCAGGUUUAUUCUCCUAAGAAGCCUCUGAUUGUUUUCUUUUCCAAGUCUCUUCUUCGACAUCCCAUCGCCAGGUCUCCCGUUUCUGACCUGAUUGGCACAUCAGCCUUCCAGCCGGUCCUCGAGGACCCGGAACACGGACGGGGUAACAUCCUCCCGCGCGAAGAGAUCGACCGUGUCAUUCUCUGCAGUGGUCAGAUCUACGCAGCACUGCACAAAUACCGUGAAGCAAAGGGCAUAAAGGACGUCGCCAUCACGCGCAUCGAAGAACUCCACCCAUUCCCCUGGUCCGAAGUCAAGGAUAACCUGGAGUCGUACCCCAAUGCGCAGCAGAUUUUGUGGUGCCAGGAGGAGCCGUAUAACGGAGGCGCGUGGCAGUACAUGCGGGACAGGUUCGAGACUGUGAUUGAGAAUUCAGGUGUGCUUGGGGGUAAGAAGAUCGUUUACGCUGGGCGGGGGACAGGGGCUGCUACUGCUACUGGUUCCAAAAAGGUUCACCAAGCUGAGGAGACCAAGUUGCUCGAGGAUGCUUUCGAAGGCUAG